UGUAUGCAUGCUAGUGUUUAUGAAACGAUGAGCUUCGUUGGCCCAAACAGUAGUAUCUGGUUGUGAUACACCAUCUUUGAUUCCCAUUUCUGAUUCCAACUGUCCAGUAAUGUGCUGGUGCUGGCAGUACGACGUGAGGCAUUGUGGGAAGGUACACACAGACCGUUGCGUCCGUCAAGGGAACAAUCUAUCUCUUCGUAUUCCGGGCAGUUUGUACACAGACAAUCAUUUUAACCUCUGCUGAAAGAAAUGUUGGGCAAAAAUGUUCGAGUCUAAUUUCCGUUUUUAGGGAACACCCUAAAAUCAAGACAUAUCGUUAACUAGCUACGUAUUGCGGAAGCAGGAAACGCUUAGCUGAAGCCGUACCUUGCUUGCGGGAAAAGGGCAUGCCCGUAGAUUUCGCUACAAUGGAUUCGCUUGCAUAGUCCAUCUGUGGGUUCAUCUGCGUUCCCGGCGCUCUCCCCCACACUCUCCUCCCUUGCUUGCGAAGUGCUGUUUGACCAGGAUGCUGAAGGUGUUUGGUGUCGUGGUGAUUGCCGGGCUUGCGCUCGCUUGUUUAACGUCUUGGAUUUUGGAGAGCUAUGAUACAGCUUUUCACCCUAAACGGAGCAUCGCCAAACCCAACCACAGCACCGGGGAUGGAGGUUGGAGCAGCGCUCCUCCGUAUCCCGGCGGGGAAUUGGAUAAUAUAUUCUGGUUUGUGCAGGUUUCAGAUAUUCAUAUCAGCCGCUUCCACGACCCCAGACGUGUUCCAGAUUUCGAGAAGUUCUGCACCGUUAACAUUGAUAUAAUCAAGCCAGCUCUUGUACUUGUAACAGGAGACCUGACCGACGCGAAGACGGAGAGCAAGGUCGGCUCCCUGCAGCACGAGGUUGAGUGGCAGGCCUACCACAACAUCCUGAAGAGGUCCCACGUGCUGGAGCGCACCAAGUGGAUCGACAUCCGCGGAAACCACGAUGCUUUCAAUAUAAUCUCCCUGGAGAGUGUAAAUAACUACUACAGGAAGUACUCUGCCAUUCAGAAGGCCGGCUCGUUCCACUACGUACACAAGCUGCCCUUCGGCAACUACUCCUUCAUCUGCGCCGAUGCCACCCUCACGCCCGGGCCCAAGCGCCCCUACAACUUCUUCGGGAUUCUGAGCCAGAAUGAGAUGGACAAGUUGGCCACCUUCAGGUUGGAGAGCCAGAGCAGUAACCAGUCCAUUUGGUUUGGCCAUUAUACCACGUCGACGGUCAUCUCUCCUUUCCCAGGAGUGCGAGAGCUCAUGAGCUCGGCGGUGGCGUACCUGUGCGGGCACCUGCACACACUGGGGGGGCUCAUGCCCGUACUGCACAGCCGACACCCCCAGGGCACGCUGGAGCUCGAGCUGGGGGACUGGAUGGACAACCGCAGGUACCGCGUGCUCGCCUUUGACCACGACCUGCUGAGCUUCUCCGACCUGGUGUUCGAGGAGUGGCCCGCCGUUCUCAUCACCAACCCCAAGGGGGCGCUGUACCUCCACCCCGGGCUGGAGCCCCUGGGCCGGAUCCGGCAGUCUACGCACAUCAGGAUCCUGGCGUUUUCCGAGGCACCAAUCACGGCCGUGCACGUCAGCGUGGACGGGCGCUCGCUGGGGGAGGCGUGGCCUGCCGGGGGGCCGCUCUACGUGCUGUCCUGGGACCCCUCUCUCUACGCUACCGGACUGCACUCCAUCCUGGUUAAAGUGGAGGACUCUGCUGGCCGCUCGGUGGUGCAGGAGCAGCAGUUCACCCUGGAGGACAGCAUCGCUCUGGGAUUUGGCUUCGUCCAGUCCUUCAUCCUCCUCACGGACCACUACAUCAUGGCCCGGGUCAUGUUCGUGUUCAUAGUGCUGCUGAACAUCGGCGGGCUAAUCGUGUUCAGGCUCCUGCGGGUUCCGACUCUGAGAGUGUCUUCUGGAGUCCAUGCUCAGGUCUACAUGUCCCUCCAUCUCCUCAGCAAAACGGAUACCUUCUACUACUCCCUGCUCAUGUUCAACCUAUGUACAGCUCUUGGUCCCUGGUUCAUUGGGGAGGUGAUCGACGGACACAGCGGAGCCUGUUUCGCGUUCGGGGUGUUCGUUGACGGCCACUUCCUGGAGGGCAGCCUCACGUUCGUGGUGGGAGUUGUGCAGGUGGUCUUCUUCAACAUGCCCCUCACCUGCUACCUGUGCUGGAGCCUUCACCUGCGUUGCCGUGGAAACUCUUUCCGCUCGCACUUCCGGCGGGUGGGGCGCGGGCGGACGGUGGGGGUGCACCUGGGCAUGCUGCUGCUCCUGAGCUGGCAGGCCUACUCCUGCUACUUCCUGCUGGAGACCUACGGGCCCCUGGCCUUCGUCCUGUCGCCCGUGCGCACCUGGGCCCUGGGCCUGGGCCUGCUGCUGGUGUACCGAGCCUGGAGAGGGCCCGCCCCCCGUCUCCGUGACGACAGCAAGGCCACUGCGCCGUCAUGACGACGGCACCCGCCCCUGCUUUAGUUUCCUUACUGGCUUUUAUUUAAUUAAUUUCAAAAAAUGUUUUCAUUAUGGUGUAUCCAUUUUUUUUUUUUUUUUUUUGCUCAAGAUGUUAUUGGUGCCAAGUUUCUUUUCCACUUUGUAAACCACUGCCAGAAAUUCCCCCUAGCCAAUCACUUAAAAAAAUGUCAUUGUGCAUAAUUGUAGGUAUUCCACUUGCUUUGUAGGAUCAUAAAAAGAGAAGUGAGCUCAGCUCUGUAGUCCAACACUAUACAGGUCCUCCUCUGUAUUUGCAGAAUAUCCUUGAAUGUGAAGCGUAGUUUUCAGGGAGGAUUACUCUUCAGUGAGACCCUCCUCAUCAGUGCGGUCCCAGGGUGAAGAGUUUUUUUUCUUUUCUCUGAGAUUCAUGCCUCACAGUAUGUCCUGAAAUGGGUCACAGCUUCAACCCGAAUGGGGGAAAAAAAAAAAAAACAUGGCUUUGCCUUUUAGACAGCAUUUCUUUUUUCCGAAGAAAGUAAUUUCCUCAUUUUGAUUUGUGUAAUCCACAUCCUGCUCGUCUUAUUUUCAUGGGCCUAGUAGUUUAUAGAUUUUUUUAAAUUUUUUUUAAAUCUGCUUCACUAUGUCUGACUUUGCAUUGCUUUUCCAUGCUGUGAUCCUCCGUUGCGGCAUCUUCAGGCUCUGUACGCUCUUAGUACACAACUUUAGUGUGGAAUACCAGUUUACCUGCAUCUCCCACUGGCUCCAAGGGAGUGCCUACACGUGCGUGAGUGUGCGGUACUAAAUGCACUGCCCUGCGCUGAACACAGUGCACUAUGCGUCGGCUUCAGCCUUACCGCUGAUUAUGAGCAGCCUUGUCUCUCUGUCAGCCGUGGUCAAACCGUGCUCAGACGUCACUGCCAAAGGCGAUUAAACAGUCUCUUUCUUACGGGGGUUCAAUAGUGCACUGCACCGACGGCCCUGCUCUUCCUUUUCCAUUCGCUGUUGCAAAAAGUUGCAAAGCAUGAUGGGAAGUUAUUUUAUCAAUGUCACACACCUUGCCACAAUUUGAGCCCCAGUACUUCCUUCAGCCAUUUUGGGUGUCGCUGCACUGCAUAUGCUAAGCCAAGGGUUGGGGAGAAGAAAAGAAACGGCACUGCACCGUCAUGGAUGUCUGACACGUUGUGGGCGGGAAUGUGUUAGCCUCACGUUUGAGUUGAUAGCGAGCGUGGACAACACUGCAUUCAGGAGUCGUACUGUGAAUUCAUUUUACCCAUUUAAAACAUUUUACGAAAGUCUCUGCCAGGUCAGUUUCUGGCCAGUUCCCAGUCUCUGAAUUGCGGGUAUAGGAAGUGACCCUUGUUCCACUGGCUGGAGUCACACGACAGGUUUCUACCUCUAUAUAAAUGCAAUUUUUGUUUUUGUUAUUUUAUUUUAUGAACACAACUUAUGAAGAAUCGGUUGGAUGGGAAACUGCGUGAAUAACUUUGUUCGUAUCCUUAACUGAAGAUGGUUGAUUAUAAUUAGCAUUGGGCAUGCAUGGGAAUUAUAUCUUUAUAUCUAUAUAAAACAGUUUUUUCUGUUCCUCCUUCGUACAUACACCUCUGUGUUUUUCUGAGAGGAUUUCUACCCCCCAUCCUUUUUCACAAACGGAGUAUCUGUUGCUGUCGAGAAACACCUUUACUGUCAGACUGCAACGUCGUGCUGAUUUUAUUAUUGUUCAGUAUUAUUUUCAGUCUGGGUGACUGUAAGCAGUGCUUCCGUGGUUUCUGAGGAGAGCAGUGCAAGUGCUUCCCAACUUAGUUUGCACUGCGGAGACUGCCGAGCGGAACCUGACGCUCUUUAACAUUUACACAGGGCUCGGUGUCACCCUCUCACUGGUCUCCAAAAGAAUUUGGACGGCGUAGUUGCUGCUCAUUUGGUUCCUGUGGCUUAUCGGCUCAAGGGCAGCGCCACUGCUGACCCACACACUGAGUUCUAGGACACUGUUCAGCGGGAGAUUCCGGAACACCACUACACGGAUCAUUCCAGAACACCAGUACACAGAUCAUUCCGGGACACCAGUACACAGAUCAUUCCGGGACACCACUACACAGAUCAUUCCGGAAGACCACUACAUAGAUCAGUGGCAGCUUGCUUUUCAAGGCACUUUUUUAUAUAUUUUAAUUCUAAAUUUGAUAGGUCUUAAUACUCACAACAAAAAAAAUAUUUUUGUUAAGUUUGGGUUUUCAGAUGAAAAGGAUUAGUACCUACAACGACAAAGUACAACAACAGAUAGGAUUUCUUUUUCCUAAGUACAGAACAACUGUACUGAUUUUUUGAAGUAUUGACUUAUCGGCUGUUUUUUUAUGCUUUACACAGUUCAUGUCGUUCAUUUUGUGUAUAUAGAUUGUUAAUUUCUCUCUAGUAUGCAUUGUGCAAUCAUAAUUAGUAACUGAUUUGAGGGGGUGGGAGGGGUGGGGCACAGUGUUUCCUCAAACAAUCAUGCCGGGCAGGUUCUGCAUCAGUUUUUAUAAGGGACAUGCGUUCUGCCUGCGCGGCUUUCCGUAGGCUGUUCAUUUAGUUUGAUUCCUGCCAGUGAUGAUAGCUGUGGUUUCUCAGGAAUGUGUUGAGACUUGGAUCUUCUUUUCCAAUUCUGUUUUACAUGUACCAGUGGACUCCGGAGGGAAAGGAACUAGAAGCAUCCAUUCUGUUCUUCUUAGGAUAAACGGUAGUUGCUGCUCUCUUGACUUGAAGGGAGGGUUUCAGGUUUUCGUGUUUGAUGAAUCGACACAGUAUGCAUCACAUACAACGCAAGAUUGAUAGUAGUCACUUCAGUGAGGGGGGAAAAAAAUGAAUGUUAAAAAGAUAAUUGUGCAAUCCUGUAUUGAAACAAGAAUAUAUUAUACCUUUUGUGAUUUAUUUAUUGAUUUUAUUUAAUUU